GAUUUAAUAACUGUUGACGCGAGUAAAAAAAUAUUCAAUGUGAUAUUUCGCUAUAAAAGAUCAUGUACUGUAAACAGGCAACAAACGAAGAUGCGCACUCAUCGUAAGCUUAUAAAAUGCUUCAACAUAGAGAUUAAUUUGCACGCGAUUAUUUUCGGCAUUCGAACUUUUAACUAUUAUACUAAAAAGGUAGGUGAGUGUGCUGGUGCUGACAAUAUGCUCCAUGAUGUGACGAUGCAAAUUUUGAUUGUAUAUGUACACAUGAUGCUAAAACAUCUUCAUCAUCUCACUAGUUUCAUGUGUUGUUUUUUAGGGAUUAAAAUAAUAUUCAUUUAGAUAUUCUCAUUUACUCAUAAACAAAAUAGUGGUAGGAAAAUCAUAUAAAAAGCAACGAUUUUGUCUAAUUUCUAUCAUUUUAGAAUUUUACUCUUGUGAAGUUAAAACGAGGAUUUUUUUUUUAAUUUCAACUGUUCAAAACUGUUCAAAAUGAAAUUCGUGAUUGUUUUUGCAUUAUUUGUUGCUUGCGCAUUUGCAGCUCCUCAACAACCUGUCGAAACACUUAAAUUUGUUAAUGACAUCCAGGAAGGAGGUUAUAAUUUUUUGUAUGAAACAUCAGAUGGACAAAAGCGUGAUGAAACUGGUCAGUUGAAGGAUGCUCCACCAACACCUGAAAAUCCAAACAACAAAGUUAUUGAUAUUUUUGGAUCUUAUGAAUUUACAUCACCCGAAGGUCGUACUUAUAGAGUAGAAUAUACCUCAGGAGUUAACGGAUUCUUACCAAAGGUUUCAAUUGUUAAUUAAGUUGCUAAAAUAUCAAUUUGAAUCUGAAGAUGAAUUGAAAUAAAAUCAAACUUAAAUAAAAAUAAAUACUCAAUCAAA